AUCUUCUUCUCCAUUUUGCAAUUAUUCUUUAUAUCAUAUGUCCUCUUUUUUUUUCUUUUUUUUUUUCUUUUUUCUUUCUCUCUAAUGUUUUCUCCAUUCCUCGUAGAAGAAAAGAUUCUUCUGUCCCCUAAUAAAUAACCUUACUAUAUAAAAAAGAAGAAAACAAAGGGUGGAUGCAUACAUAAAUAUCUCUUUUUCUCUCUUUAAUUUUCUUUCUUGAUGGCUGCUUCUUCUUCAUCAUCAUCGAAUCUAAGGAUAGUUGUUCAAAAGAACCCCUCAGAAUCUCAACUCAAUGAAUUGGGCAUCAAAUCUUGGCCUAAAUGGGGUUGUUCUCCAGGAAAAUACCAAUUAAAAUUUGAUGCACAAGAGACAUGUUAUUUGCUUAGAGGGAAAGUGAAAGUUUCAACAAAGAACUCAAAUGAAACAGUGGAAUUUGGAGCUGGAGAUCUUGUGAUUAUUCCCAAAGGAUUGAGUUGCACUUGGGAUGUAUCAGUUGCUGUUGAUAAACACUAUAAGUUUGAUUCAUCUUCUCCUUAAUUCUUCUUAAUCCUAAUUAAACUUAGUUAACUAUAUCAUUAAUUGUUUUCUUCAUUAAUUACUUAAUCAACUGCAGUUUAUGAUGAACAUCUCAUGAUUGUAACAUUUUCCUUUAGUCUCCAUGAUAUAGAUAUAUAUCCUUCAUAUGUUCGUAUAA